CUACAUUUCCCACUCUAACUCUGGAGCUCAAGUAUUCCCGAGACGGCACAGCUCUCCAUAAUACUACAGCAGGAGCCAGAGUUUACCUCUGAAGGAGAGGGAGAGAAUGACACUAGCAGCAACUGGAGUGUUGCUGUGUCUGCUGAUUACUGCGGCAGUUGGCCAGGAGAAUGAAGUAGAGUGUCUCACUCAGUGUGGGGACAGCGCUAGGAUUCUGGCAGUGGUACCAAACAUUCAAAGCUGCUGUCGAGGCAUUGGAGGAGGAGCGUUUAAUUUCCCUGGAUCUGGCUCCGCUCUGACGUGUGACUCAUGUCAAAGUUAUCAAAACAUAGCUGGAGAAAUUGGGUUCCAGUUUGACCGUGAGACUUUCACCUUUAACGACGACCUCCAGGCAGACUGUGUGGUGGCAACGCAGGCAGGAGUGGGCAAUCCACGGGCAGACAUCACAUGGCUGGGCCCCGAUGGCAGUGUGUACAACAGCUCCCAGGGAGUUCCAUUUGAAACAGUCACCAGACAGGGUGUGGUGCAGCAGGAGGCUCGCCUCCCUCUCUCGUUCAGGCCGUUUGGACCAGGAGAUGCAGCAGAAUACUCCUGUCUUGCUACAAUCACCUCUGAUGACUUUCCGGGAUCAGAGACACAAGUCUUCAGGACAGUAGAGAUACCCAGCAGAGUUGAUACAUCCACGAUCCCAGUCCCAGUGUACCCAAGUCCGGAGGACAAUGUUCCUGUGGCAGGCCAAGAGUACACCAUUGGCUGCAGCGUACAGUCUCCUGGGGUUCCCCUAACAAACGAUGACAUUAGCUGGAGUGGUCCCAGUGGCCUAGUCCAAGGCCCCCCAGGCCGUGUGUUUGUUGGUGACGUCUUUCAAGACUCAGCAACUGGAAGGUGGGUCAGGAGGCUCACCUUUAGCCCCUUGUCCACUGAGGACAGCGGUCCCUACACCUGUAUAUCCCCUCAAGGAACCCGUGUCCAGACGCUCACAGUCAAUGUCCCAAUGCCAAACACCACCAUAUCAUCUGUACCCCCAACCGCUGUGGAGGAACAACCAUUGCAAAUUGAUUGCACCUCAGCUGUCCCUCCAAACCUCCAGGGAGUGGUCACUGUCACCCUCCUGGAUGAUGAGGGCACUGUUCUUGCUGAUAGCACUGGGGUCAACAAUGCAGAGGCAGUGUUCAACAUCCCCCGAGCAUCUGCCUCGGACAGCGGCAACUACACCUGUCGGGUCACAGUUCGAUCUUCGUUCCUCAGGACCAACGAAGGUGUCGACCGUCCUUUAGAAGACACUGCCACUCUCCCAGUCCCUUUCACCACAACCCCAUCCACUCCUGUCAAUGAAUGUAUUGAGGGACAAGCUAACUGUGAUGUCAAUGCAAUUUGUAUUGAUCUGCCGGAAGGCUUCUUGUGCAACUGUAGUCGAGGGUUCUUUGGCUCUGGAUUUGCAGGAGACUGUACCGAUAUUGAUGAGUGUGCAGGCGAAUCUGUUGUCGCGUGCUCACCGAACGAGAUCUGCAGAAACAUCAUUGGGAGCUUUGUGUGUGAACCCGAGCCUCCCUCGCCAGCCGUCCCAGACUCACCAGUAACACCCUCAGACACGCCCUCCGAACCCUCACCCUCCCUGCCUUCGUCUCCGAUCACCCCAGCUUCCCCAGACACACCGUCUGAUUUACCGUCAGUAGCACCCCAGCCGUCUGAACCCACUAUUGAACCAUCUGAGGAACCAGUUCCUCCUGUUCCGGGUCUGCCAGAUCCUGAAGACGAUGACUGCAAUCUUCAAUGUCAGCACCUCAAUGCUGAGUGUCGGAGGAACGGUGCCGAAGAGUGUGUGUGCAGGAAUGGCUACGUUGGUGAUGGAGUGGAUUGCUGUAUUCUUAGCUCCCUUCUAGAUAUCCUCAAGAGGCAACAGGAGAUGAUAGAUGAGGGUACAGAAGACGACGAAGAAGAUGUGAGUUCAAAGAAGGGAACAAAGAAGGGAACAAAGAAGGGAACAAAGAAGGGAACAAAGAAGUCCAAGAGAGGGAGUAAAAGGAGGGGCCGGAGGAGCCACAAGAGCCGCUCCAAGAAGAGGAAGAGUUGCAAAGAAGACACGACGAGGACAAGCCGUAGAUGCAGUGAUAAUCUUGAUUUGCCAAUGGAUCCCAUGCAAAUAAAUCCUGCUGUUGUCCUCCUUACUAUAAUGCUUGAAGAUGUCCCCGAGGGAUGCUAUCCACUCUUGAGGUCAGAGGGUAUCACGGUUCCAUAACGUCAGUGACUGCCGAUCAUGAACUAUAGCUGUACAUUAAAAUAGAACUGAAUCAUGAGACUCUGUGUCAUAAAUCAUCAUGUAUACUAGUGUAUUAUUGUGAUAAUCACCGUGGUGUCAUGGGCUAAAAUGCAACUACCAGUCAAUGUAAGGCAAAGGGUGUAUGCCUGUGCCAACUGUAUUAUUGAAUCACUUUCCCUGA